AUGCAUUUGGUCAGGGGUAUUGUGUUUUCGUCACUGGUGGCCUUUGGCCUGGCCCUUCCUGGUAGUGAGGGUAGCAAACAACAUGUGAAUAAGGCACGCAGUGCAGGUUAUGCCCUAAAGCAGCCUCCACUGACCACGCCGUGGACAGAUAAAGUCGGCACUGAGCCAUGGCCUGAGUAUCCUCGUCCGUUGUUGCAACGUUCAGAAUGGAAGAAUCUUAAUGGCGUGUGGAAGUAUCAGAAUGCUUCCGGUCUAGAUGCAGUUCAAAGUCCACCGUUCGGACAGGAACUCGCUCAAGAUGUGUUGAUUCCAUCGUGUCUUGAAAGUGGUUUGUCUGGUAUUCAAACUGAUUACGCUUUAUACUCGUGGUUUUCGACUUCUUUCGAGGUAUCUCCCUCCUGGAAGGGUGAAAAGGUGCUUCUUAGCUUUGGUGCCGUAGACUAUGAAGCAACAGUCUUCGUCAAUGGUAAACAGGCAGGCUUCCACCGUGGUGGAUACUUCCGCUUUGAGUUGGAUGUGACAGAGUACCUGGUCUUCGACAAGGCAAACGAACUACUUGUCUUCGUUCAUGAUCCCACAGAUGAUGGUGACUAUGUGAUUCCCAUCGGAAAGCAGACUCUUAGACCAAGUCACAUCUUUUAUACACCAUGUAGCGGCAUCUGGCAGACUGUUUGGCUUGAAGCUGCUCCUGCAAACCACAUCACGCAGUUGGAUAUCGAUGGCAAUAUGGACGGUCAAGUCAACAUCACUGUGCACAGCUCAGCACAGGAUGCUUCCGCUAAAGCAGAGGUUACUGUUCACAAGGAUGGCAAGGUCCUUGCCACUCACAAUGGUCCGACCAACACGCCCUUCCAGUUCACCGUGUCCUCUCCCAAACUCUGGUCUCCCGACUCACCUAAUCUGUACAAUGUGACUGUCAAACUGGACAAAGAUCAAGUAGAAAGCUACACAGGGUUCCGCACAAUUUCCCGAGGCCAGGUUGACGGUAUUGAACGACCUCUGUUGAAUGGUGAAUUCAUCUUCAUGUUUGGUACCUUGGACCAGGGGUACUGGCCAGAUGGACUGUACACGGCUCCAACCCGCGAAGCAAUGAUCUAUGAUCUUCAAGUGCUGAAGAAGCUAGGCUUCAACGCGGUCCGCAAGCAUAUCAAAGUCGAGCCCGAGCUCUUCUAUCAAGCAUGUGAUGAGAUUGGACUCCUUGUCAUCCAAGAUAUGCCAUCAAUGCGACCACUUCAAUCCAAGACGGAGCAAAACUGUCAAUCAGUCACUAUUCUCCCUGACGCGACGCAACAGGCAGAAUUCGCCCGGCAGUUGGAUCUCCUCGUCAACCAGCUCAAGAGUUUCCCCAGUAUUGCCACGUGGGUCGUAUACAACGAGGGCUGGGGUCAGAUCACAGAUUACUACCCUGAGUUCGAAUUGACCGAUCGGGUCAGACAGCUAGACCCCACUCGACUCGUUGACUCGACUACUGGCUGGGUCGACCACGGCGCCGGAGACUUUAGCGACAAUCAUCACUAUGCAAACCCGCAAUGCGGCACGCCUUUCUACUCCACCGCUUCGAGUCCCUUUGACCCUAGCCGAAUUGGAUUCCAGGGUGAAUUUGGUGGUAUUGGAAAUAAUGUCUCUAUUGAGCAUCUCUGGAAUAAGCAGGCUGCCAUUAACACCAUCAACCAAACUUAUGAAAUUGACACUACGAUCGAGGCAUGGAACUACCGUAGUCACAUCCUGCUUGGCGAGCUCGAAGAUCAAAUUCGUCUCUUCUCGUGCAGCGGUGGAGUCUGGACCCAGACUACGGAUGUCGAGGGCGAGGUCAACGGCCUCAUCACCUAUGACCGACGACUGGCUCGAACCGACGAGAAACAGUGGCAAGCAGAUAUUAAGGCACUUUACGACGCUGCUGCAGCUCGCAGCAAUGCGACCACAAAAACCCUGUAG